GAGCGGUUGUCCUCGAGGUAAGAGCGGGGGCUCACGAGAUAAUAAAUAGUAUAUAUAAGGCGUUAUGCUAUGUAAGCAUUUCCACAGAUAUCCGCUCAACUGUUCGGUUUCCACACUCACCAAUGUCUCUGCGCUCCCUUUCUGACCUUCCCGUCUGAGUCUUGACAUUCUCACUCUAUACCGUCGCCAUGGCCUCCGACAUCAAAAACAUCGUGAUCCUCGGAGGUUCGUACGCCGGCGUGUCGACCGCCCAUUACCUCCUCAAGCAUGUUCUUCCCAAGCUGCCCAACAAGAAAGCAUACAAGGUCAUUUUAGUGAGCACAUCUGAUCAGGCAAUGUGUCGGCCUGCCUGCCCGCGCGCCAUGAUAUCGGACGAUAUGUUGCCCCAAGAGAAGCUCUUUGUCAGUAUCCCAAAGGCUUUUAAGCAGUAUUCUCAAGGCACGUUUCAUUUCAUCAAGGGUACGGCGACAGAGCUGGACCAUACGACUCGCAGUGUCUCCUUGAGCCUUCCCGACGGGGCGACAGAGGGGAUCAUCUUUCAUGCACUGGUCAUCGCCACUGGAGCAUCCACACCAUCUCCCCUGCUCGGUCUGAACCGCGAUGUCGAGUACCUCCGCAGCAGUUGGACCGCAUUCCGGCAAGCAUUGCCAUCAGCGAAGAAGAUUGUCAUUGUUGGAGGCGGCCCUGCUGGUAUAGAGACGGCGGGUGAACUUGGCGAAUAUCUCAACGGUCGCGCUGGCUGGUUCCGGUCGGAAAUGGUGCGCCCCAAAGUUGACAUCACCGUCGUGACUGCCGGUACCAGGAUACUUCCCAUCUUACGAUCAUCCCUUGCGGAGCAAGCCGAGAUCUACCUCGCCAAAGUCGGCGUGACAGUAUUGAAGAAUGCGCGAGUCACGGCUGUCGAACCACAAGACGCAGGCACAGAACAGGUGGGUAGCAAGGCGACGAUUACUCUUCAGAACGGCGAGAAGUUGGAUGCCGACCUUUACAUACCUGCGACGGGAACCAGGCCAAACACAUACUUUGUCAACAAGACGCUGUUAAUGUCCGACGGUCGUGUCGAUACCAAUCCUUCAACAUUGCGUGUUGACAGAGCUGGGCCACGGAUCUACGUCGUUGGUGAUGCUGCGUCAUAUGCAAGACCAGGCGUUCACCUCAUUCUUAGCGCUAUACCUGUUCUUUGCACGAACAUCGAGCGCGAUCUGCUGGUGACGGAAAGCAAGCCAGGCGGUGAGGACAGAUCGUACAAGGAGGACAAGCGAGAGACGCAGAUGGUACCCAUUGGUAAAAGCAAAGGUGUUGGUGCGGCCAUGGGAUAUAAAAUGCCCAGCUUUUUGGUCUGGCUUAUCAAAGGCCGUGACUAUUGGUUGUGGACAACGGGCAACCUCUGGAGUGGAAAGCAAUGGGCCAAGCCAUCCUAGAAAGGAGCAGACUGAUGUUGUUCAUCAACAGUUGCCUUAAGAAGUUCGAAACGGAGAUAAAUAUGAUGGACAAAGACAUACUGGCACAAAUGGCCUGAUUGCGGAAACACUGUUAAAGCCCAAUGCCUGGAAAGGAGGCCUUAGGAGGCUUAAAUGCCAGAUGCCGGAUUGCCAUGCCUAA